CCGGGCGAAACUUUUUUUGCUGUGUGGAGAGGGAGAUGGUCGAAAUCGUAUACUUGGGGUCUGGCGCCGACCUUGACGACGUGCAACGCUCAAGGGCCGGCCAACUCUGUUGCAUGACCCUUCCCAGCCUCGGCACCGCCCACGGGCCCGCAGUCCCAAUCAACCAAGAACCAGCCAGCCAGACGCCCCCAUGAAGAGGGCAUGUCUGAGGAGAUGGCCGGGCCAGCUGCUCGUCGCCCGGCCAUCACCACACCCUCCCGCCAGCACGCGAGCGAUGGCCACGGCCUCCCUCCCCAGAACACGCACACAUACACCUACAACAACAGCAGCAGCAAGUAUACGGCAGCCGUGGCAGCAGCAGCCGCGCCGCCAACAGCACAGCGCAGCCGAAGCAACCGCCUAUGAGGACCUCCAUGGCGACGAGGCCGUCCAGGAGGGGCUGUGGCCGUCGCCGCUCCCGGAGCGCGCGCUGCACUCUGCCAAGCUGGCGGCGCUGCACGCGCGGCUCUCGCUGCCGGACAAGCUGCCGCUCCAGACGCUGGCGCGCGCGCUCGUGGACCCGUCAGCCGACGCCGACUCACGCUUCAACAACGCCAACCUGGCCUACGUGGGGCACGCGCUCGUCAACUACCUAGCCAACGAGUGGCUGAUCUGCACGUACCCGCGCCUGCCCUUCUCGGUCGCCGCGGCCGCCACCAGGGGCUACGCCGGGCCCGAGGCCCUCGCCAAGGUGGCCCGGUCCUGGGGAGUCGAGGCCGCGGCCGAGCCCGGCAACGAGGUCGACCCGGGCCUGCUGCAGUUCUCGACGACCCGGCCCCGCGGCGUCGCCACGAGGUGGGGCUACGUGAGGCCCUACGCCGAGCGCAUCGAGACGCUCGGCUGGAGGCACAGCCUGCACAGCCGCGUCGUCAUGGACGACGAGUUCGGCGACGCCCUCCCCGCGGGGCCGCCGUCGCCGCCGCGCCGCCGCAGGGGGGGCGAGGGCGAGGAGAGCGCGCGGGGACAGGAGGAGGGGGAGAACGGCGGCCCCCUGCCCGAGCUCAAGCUUGACAAGCGGCUGCAGGCGCAGGACGCGCACGCCGACCUGGUGCGCGCCGUCGCCGGCGCCCUCUACGCGCACUGCGGGCGCGAGGUAGCCGUCGGCUUCGUAAAGGCCCACGUGCUGUCGCGGCGCUUGGACCUGGCCUCGCUCUUCGGGUUCCGGAACCCGAUCCGGGAGCUGGCCACGCUCUGCAAGCGCGAGGAGUUCGAGCAGCCCGUCGCCCGCAUGCUGUCCGAGACGGGCCGCUCCUCGCGCACCCCCGUCUUCGUCGUCGGCAUCUUUAGCGGCGCCGACAAGCUCGGCGAGGGCGCCGCCGCGACGCUGCCCCACGCCCGCCACGUCGCCGCCAUGAACGCCCUCAAGGCCUGGUACCUCUACAGCCCCGGGCCCCACGCCAGGCUCCCCGGCGAGAUGCUAGUCGAGGGCGCCAGGCCGUGGGAGCCCGUGCACGUGGACCCCGGCGAGGUCAUCUAGUAUGGGCGACCGUCGGGUGGGGGUGGGAAGGACAUGUUCCCGAGAGUGCAGCGGCGGCAUCUUGCGGCUGGAUGGCAUGCUAGAAAAGAGUGUCUGCUGUCUUUCGGAAUGUACUGUACAAAUAAACAAGUAAAAAAAAAAGCAUUGUGACGUAACUACCGCCGUAUCCAUGUUGGCGAAGGGCCUGGUUAUCUCAGGAG